AUUAAAGCUGUUUUCGUGGAGGCAAUUUUUGUUGCUGAAUUAAGUCUCUUGAUUCAGAGAUAAUAUUGGAUUAACGGUGUAAAUUUCGUGAUAUCAGCACAGAAGCUCUCAGUGACAGAAAAAGCAAGUGUCCCCCUCGUGUAUGUGUGAAAUGAUGUCGGGCAGUUUUAGCUAAUUGUGGACCCAUGACCACCUGAGCUCAGAGCAAGUGAUUAACUGACAACCUUUGCCUCCAAAUAAAUAAAGACCCUCUCAUCAAUGGCCACGCUGUGGUCAAAGAUCUCUGCUGUUCUGCCGCAUAAUGAGGAACAGUUUCCACUGCAGUUCAGCGACAAAGUGGAGUCAAGUGUGGUGGAAAUGCUGAAACGGUCCACGCGGCAGCUGUACAGCGACACUACAAGCACCAGCAGAAUGCUUAAUGCUCAGAUCAUUUUGGACUAUUCAUGGGAGAAACUCAACACAGGAACAUGGCGCCAUGUGGACAAAGAAUGGAGACGUGUUUAUUCGUAUGGAUGCCUCUUCAAAGUGGCGGCUCUGUGUCAUAAAGAUGCUUCAGCAGAUGAGGUCCUGCAGGCGGUGAGGACUUGUGACAUGGGUUUGCUCAUGGGUGCAGCCAUCAUGGAUAACAUACUUCAGGUCAUUGUUCGGAUUCUGCAGGAUGAAGUCAGGAAAUCCUCUAAAGAAGAAGAAGAAAGUGAACAUGCCCAAGUCAAGAGGAUAAAGAUCGAGUGCCCACGCAAUCAAAAAGUUCCUGCAAUCAAAGAAGAGUUGUCAGUUCCCAGGAUAAAGUGUCCUUCACUGGAGAGCUUCAACACAAACUACCUGCUCCCCCUCAAACCAGUGAUUUUAGAGGGAGUCAUUGAGCACUGGCCCGCCCUCAACGAACACCCCUGGAGCAUAGAGUACUUGAGGUCUGUUGCUGGCUGUCGUACUGUUCCUGUUGAAGUGGGAUCCAGGUACACGGAUGAGGAAUGGUCACAGACACUGCUUACGGUCAAUGAAUUCAUUGAUCGAUACAUUUUUAAUAAAGACGGAGCAAAAGGUUUGGGCUAUCUUGCUCAACACCAGCUUUUUGAUCAGAUACCAGAACUGAAGGAAGACAUCCGCCUUCCUGAUUAUUGCUGCCUGGGCGAAGGAGAUGAAGAUGACAUUACUGUGAACGCAUGGUUUGGGCCCAGAGGUACAGUGUCUCCUCUUCACCAAGACCCUCAGCAGAACUUCCUGGCUCAGGUUGUGGGAAGCAAAUACAUUCGCCUAUAUUCCCCCGAGGACACAGACAAGCUGUACCCUCAUCAAUCACAACUCCUUCACAAUACCAGUCAGGUGGAGGUGGAGAAUCCAGACACAGAGCGCUUCCCGGAGUUUGCCAAGGCUCCCUAUCUGGAAUGUGUGUUGCAGCCGGGAGACUUGCUGUUCAUACCUGUUCGACACUGGCAUUAUGUCCGUUCCUUAGAGCUCAGCUUCUCUGUCAGCUUCUGGUGGUCAUGACUGCAGAUCCAUAAUAAAGAGUUAUUUUUGUAGAGUAAAAUUUAAGCUUAGCUUGGUUUUCUGAUUCUGCGUAAGGAAAUCAGCUUGGAGUUUUUAACUAACCCAAGGCUAAUUCUCAUAAAUCUUAGGACAAACGCUGAUCACACAAACCCUUGAUCCAUGAACAAUGAACACACACUGCUGAAUGAUUAGUUUAAUUGUGCUGCUGAUUAUUGCAACAACAUCUAUUGUGUGCAAAGCUAUGCUAGAAAAAAAAACAAAGCAAAUGAGCAGUUAAAACUGUUUGUGCUCAUUUCAUCCU